AUGACCCACCAGAAAUCCACGCAGCAGAGCACGUCCAGGGGUAUCGGUGCUAUUGAUUCGCACUCCGUUCAUCGUAUUACAUCUGGACAGGUUGUCAUAGACCUUCAGACAGCAGUCAAAGAGCUCGUGGAAAACAGCCUUGAUGCCGACUCGACGAGUAUUGAGGUUCGCUUCAAAAAUUACGGUUUGAAGAGUAUCGAGGUCAUUGACAACGGAAGUGGGAUCAAACCCGAGGACUACGAUGCUGUCGCUCUCAAGCACCAUACGUCGAAAUUGUCCCAGUUCGCCGACCUUACAUCCAUCCAUACAUUUGGUUUCCGUGGCGAAGCUCUGUCCUCCCUCUGCGCCCUCUCCGAAUCUGUUACCGUCGUAACCGCCUUGCAGGACCAAGCCCCCAUGGGUACUAUCCUUGAAUUUGACGCUACCGGACGUCUGUCUAGUAAGACAGGGAAAACUGCAAGGCAGAGAGGAACUACAGUCACUAUAAAUAACCUGUUCAAGCCUUUGCCCGUACGGCUGACAGAACUAAAGCGAAACAUCAAACGCGAAUACACCAAAGCUCUUAACCUCCUCAUUGCCUAUGCUCUCGUCCCUUGUUCCCCAUCUCUACAGUCCCCAGGUGUUCGUCUGACUGUUUCGAAUCAUCCAGAUGGCGGACGCAAAACCAUCCAGCUGCGAACGGAAGGCCCAGCGAGCGGCAAUGCUAGUACCUCAACGUUAGAUGCCAGGACUUCGCUCCGAACCGCCGUGUCGUCCGUCUGGGGGCCAAAGGCUCUCGAGAAUAUCGUCGAUUUUGAACUGUCGUUCGACGUCGAGCCGGAGAAAAGUAUGCUCAGACGUCGUGCACUUGCAGCAGCUGAUGACGGCGAUGAUACAGAUGCUAGGCACCGGAUUCAAGUCCGAGGUUUGGUAUCUAAGUUCGCACCUUCGUGUGGACGGAGUGGGACGGACAGACAAUUCUUCUAUAUCAACGGUCGACCGUGUAAUCCUGUCAAGGUGCAAAAGGCGUUCAAUGAAGUAUACAAGACUUUCAAUGCGACUCAGAGCCCAUUCGUCAUGGCUGACUUCAUCAUUCCUACCGACUCAUGCGAUAUCAACGUCUCCCCGGAUAAACGGACUAUUCUCCUGCACAGUGAAGGUCACCUAGUCGAAGCCCUGAAGAACGCGCUCAACGAAUUUUUCGCCCCCACACGCUCUACCUUCGACCUAUCCUCAACACAAACGCAAACUCAAAGCAAACUCGAUCUCAAGAUCAAACCCAAAGCUACCGAACACGCACCUUCGGACGAUGUCACAGGGGCGCAGGAUACGGAGGAUGUGGAGAUGGCAGAUGAGACGCUUGGUCUAGACACCGCUGAGACUUCGACAUCGACUCCAAGGUCCAUUGGCUCCAUGCCGUCCUCGCAGUCACAGUCGCAGUCAAUUGGGAGGCCGUCGUCGUCUCGACAAUCUCAAGUUGCAAGUGCGCCUGACAGCGACGUAAAAGCUACACCCGAACCCUCGCAUUUGCAGCCUAAUAAGGAGACUCCACUCUCGAAGGAUAGUGAUGACGAUGCAUCAAGCCAUCCUCACGUCGACGCGACCCCGCCUACUCCUAGUCUCGCACAGACUCGCCCUACCGUUCCACAGCGUCAGCUCACGGCAUCGACCUCGACAACGUCCAACUCAUCAUCUCCCCAAUCGACCCUCGGUCUAAAAUACACCAGCACAUCUGUCAAUUCUCGCCAUGAGCAGACGAUUUCACGGAUAAUCGCAGGCGCAGACGACGGUUCCGAAUCUGCUUCUCUGUCUCGGUCUCGCUCCCAAUCGAAGUCGGGUGGCGGUGGCGGUAGUUCGAAUGGCGUGGACGUUGGUGGCGGAGCUCGUGGAGUUGGAUCUGGGGUCAUUGUCAUGGGAGUAGACACGGGAAGAGGAGGUGAGAGCCGGAAUGGGAAGGGAAAGCAACAACAGAUGACGUUGGACGGAGCGGGUGUGACCUGGAGCUUGAAGAAGAAACAGUCGGUGGAGGAAGAAGAGGAUAAGAGCGAGGAUGGAACAGAUAGCCCACCGAAGAAGAAAGCUAAAUUCAGCGUCGAGCCAAGGACGUUGACUGCCACCGAGAAAGGCAAAGGCAAGGAGAAAGAUGCCCCGGUGGUAACCAUGAAUAAUGGGAUAGGGAGUGCGAGGGACAAGUUGAGGGACAAGUUGAAGGGGAUGGGGCUUGGAGGGGUAGGUCCUGCUGGAGGUGGUGACGAUGAAAGGAGGAAUGUCACGCUUGACGCAGAAGAGGACUUAGAGGAGGAGAUGGACGUUGAUGCGGACGAGGGAAGUGAGAUGGAUGGCCAAAAUAAGGCCGGUGAUGACUCAGCGACCGACGAAGAGGAUGUGGAUAUGGAAGAUGCCCCUUCAUCUGCAUCCGGUCCUGCCAAAAACUCACGUUCAGUCUCGGAAUCAAAGCCCACCAUACCCGGACGUUCCUCCAGAACACAAUCGCAGACACCCGCUUCCUCUCAGAUUAUUGACUUGACAUUCAGCGACGAUACGCCAUCCGAACCGUCCACGUCGAAUCACAGGCCCGACCGCGUACGGGAGACCGAUGAGGGAACUGCUCCACUCCAGAACUCGUCUGAUCUAGGCCGCCCGUCCCAACUAUCCACUAACACCACGCCUCUCUUUUCCUCCGACGAUGCCCCACGACCUGAAAUUGAGCGUACCUCCUCACUAUCCGUCACAGACACCCCGACACUCUCUUUUGACCUCUCGCGUGUAACCAGCAAAUGGAAAGCCCUCCGUUCACGCCUAACGAAGGCGCGAGAAACUACCACCGCCCAAGCCUCGUCUCAGUCACAAUCCAAUGUCAAUGCAUCUGAGGAGGUAGCAGGGGCAGGGAUCACAUGUACGGACGGCUCGAAAGCGGACGAGGUCCUAACACGAGUUCUACAUAAAGAGGAUUUCGGUAUCAUGGAGGUCGUAGGACAGUUCAACCUUGGGUUUAUCGUAGCGAGGAGGCGCAAGGGUGGGCAGGGCGCGAAGAAUGGAGAACAGUUGGACGAUCUGUUCAUCAUUGAUCAGCACGCAGCGGACGAGAAAUAUAAAUUCGAGACGUUGCAGCAGACGACGAAGAUUGAGAGUCAGAGGUUGUUUAGACCACGGGAGUUGGAAUUGACCGCGGCGGACGAGUUGGUGGCCAUGGAAAAUAUUUCGGUCCUCAAGCAGAAUGGCUUUGAGAUCCUCGUCGAAGAUGAUGAGAAGCCUAUUAGUGGAGUUGGCGACACUGAUAUCCCCCUAGCUCAGGCGAACGAACGAGCUGAGCUUGGUAUGGCCGUUUACAACGACGAGGAAGGCUACGAAGGAUCGGCCUCGCUCGAAGGUUCAUCUGGAAGCAGGAGGAGGGUCAAACUAGUGGCGCAGCCGAUCAGCGGGAAUACCGUCUUCGAUGUCGAAGACUUCGAAGAGCUGCUGCACAAGAUGCGCGACCUUCCGACUGGCACCAUGGUACGUUGCUCUAAAGCGCGAGCAAUGUUUGCCAGUCGUGCUUGCAGAAAAAGCAUCAUGGUUGGUAUGGCCCUGGAAAAUAAACAGAUGACUUCGGUGGUACGCCACAUGGGUACCAUGGAACAACCAUGGAACUGCCCUCACGGGCGUCCCACGAUGAGACACUUGACGGAUGUAAAGGCUGUGAAGAAAACCAAGAAGGAUCGUAAGAUUGAUUGGACCGGUUUCGGGAUGGUUUGAUUGUUGACGAUCUGUGGUUUCGAGAAUCUGAAUUGCUGAUCUACUGGUACAUUUCCGUGGACUAUCUUGACAGAUUG